AUGGCUGUUGGAAUAUUGGAAGUGCUGCUGGUGAAUGCAAAAGGCCUUGGAGACACUGAUUUCUUCGGUGAUAUGGACCCAUAUGUUCUGGUACAAUACAAAAGCCAAGAGCGCAAGAGCAGUGUAGCUAGAGGUCAAGGUGGUCAUCCAGUUUGGAAUGAGAGGCUUACAUUCAAGGUAGAGUAUCCAGGACAAGCUGGUGAAUAUAAGCUCAGUCUUAAAAUCAUGGACAAGGACACCUUCUCUUCUGAUGACUUCAUCGGUGAAGCCACGAUCUAUGUGAAGGAUUUGUUGACAUUAGGAGUGGAAAAUGGAACUGCUGAACUACAUCCCCUCAAGUAUAGAGUGAUUAAUGCGGGGCAAUCAUAUCUUGGAGAGAUUCAAGUUAGUGUCACUUUUACCCUCAAGGAGGAAAAGGAUUAUGAUGGGGAAGAGUACGGUGGAUGGAACGAAAGCAGUUUUUAG